CCUCUCAUUGGUCCCUUUUCCAUUUCACUGACAGACAACCAAACGCUGAAACGGUUCGAGCUUUGGAAAGAAAAUCUCCGCGUAUUUUCCUUACAGCAAAGUCGGCAAAAUGGCUGAGGAGCAAACAGAAAGAUCCGAUGGCAAAAUUGUUAAGAUGGAGAUGGACUACAGUUCAACUGUAGACCAGCGUCUCCCAGAAUGCGAGAAGAUGUCUAAAGAAGGAAAGUUACAGGAGGCCAUUGAGAGUUUGCUGUCAUUGGAGAAGCAAACGAGAACCGCAUCAGACAUGAUGUCUACUUCCAGAAUACUUGUGGCUGUGGUUCAGAUGUGCUAUGAAGCUAAGGACUGGGAUGCCUUAAAUGAGAACAUCAUGUUACUAACAAAAAGGAGAAGUCAGCUUAAACAAGCUGUUGCCAAGAUGGUACAAGAAUGUUACAAGUAUGUGGAUAGUGUAACUGAUCUUACCAUCAAACUGAGACUCAUAGACACUCUUCGCACAGUGACUGCUGGCAAGAUCUAUGUAGAGAUUGAACGAGCCAGAUUGACAAAGACCUUGGCUGGUAUCAAGGAGCAGAACGGAGAGGUGAAAGAGGCUGCUUUCAUUCUUCAGGAACUGCAGGUGGAGACGUAUGGCUCCAUGGAGAAAAAGGAGAAGGUAGAGUUCAUCUUGGAACAGAUGAGGCUUUGCAUUGCUGUUAAAGACUACAUCCGGACUCAAAUCAUCAGCAAGAAAAUAAAUACAAAGUUCUUCCAAGAGGAAGGAACUGAGGAGUCAAAACUCAAGUAUUACAACCUGAUGAUUCAGGUGGACCAGCAUGAAGGCUCCUAUCUCUCCAUUUGUAAACACUAUCGUGCAAUUUAUGAUACUCCCUGCAUUUUAGAGGACAGCAGCAAGUGGCAACAGGCGCUCAAGAGUGUGGUGUUGUAUGUGAUUCUCUCACCUUACAAUAACGAGCAGUCAGACCUUGUGCACAGGAUCAGUGCAGAUAAGAAACUUGAGGAAAUUCCCAAAUACAAGGACCUUCUGAAGCAGUUUACUACAAUGGAGCUGAUGCGCUGGGCUUCUCUUGUGGAGGAUUAUGGAAAGGACUUGAGAGAGGGUUCUUCUGACAGCCCUGCCACAGAUGUCUUCUCUUAUUCAGAGGAGGGGGAGAAAAGGUGGAAGGACCUGAAGAACAGAGUUGUGGAGCAUAACAUUAGAAUAAUGGCCAAAUAUUACACCAGAAUUACAAUGAAGAGGAUGGCUGGACUGCUGGACCUCUCAGUUGAUGAAUCUGAGGAGUUCCUCUCAAGCCUAGUUGUAAACAAGACCAUCUAUGCCAAGGUUGACCGUCUGGCUGGCAUCAUCAACUUUCAGAAGCCAAAAGACCCCAAUGACUUACUCAAUGACUGGUCACACAAACUCAACUCUCUCAUGUCUCUGGUCAACAAGACCACCCAUCUCAUUGCCAAGGAGGAGAUGAUCCACAACCUCCAGUGAAUGAGCUACUUUUUUGUUGGUUUUCUUUCAUUUUACUUGUUUUCCUUUUGUGGGAAUGUUGUGGAUGUAAGAUAAUCUGAUGAACUAUUGGUGCUGUCUUAGUCCAGUGUAAAUUAUUGGAGAAGAAUCAAGCAGCAUUUGCAAGCCGCCCCCAACGUUCUUUAUUUUGUAAUGCCUGGUAAAAUAUGACAAUAAACACAUAAGCACCUGUC